CUUAAGGGAGUUUCCGUACGUGCGGAAGACGGCUGGGCGGGACUUCCGGUAUCUUCCUCACGGCGGACAUUUUGUCGGCUGUUGGGACUAUCCUAGGAGAAGUCGGGGAGUUCUGAUUCGGUUCAGAGGUGAGUGAAGCAGGAAGGCGCGGGAAGAGACCCUGCCCCCGCUGCAAAGAGGCUGGGCAGUGGCAACGCCCGCAAAGACUCCGCCGCCACGGCCGAGCGACGGCGGUGCCCGGGUCCCGACCAGGGACUCCUUACAGCUCCGUGUGGUGCGGACUGUGAUGGCUGUGGCCGCGGUGAUGGACCUGGCGUAGGUUGCUGUGGCAGCAGAGGCAUUUAUGAUCCCUGCAUAAACUCUCUGUGAUUGCUGAGCUGUAGCAGGGGAAAGAACACUGAAUGCCUGACUGAGAGGUCAUGACUCUAGCCACAGCAGGAGAGGCUUGGACGGGCCUUGAUUGUUCGAGUGGAGUGGAGGAUGAAGAGGCACCUUCUGUGCAGAGCAUUUCUGUAGGACUGUCACAUGUUAGUACUUCCAGGGCAGGUUCAUCAACCCAGAUGGCUCACCCUUGUGACAUAUGUGGCCCCAUCUUGAAAGAUAUUUUGCACCUGGAUGAACACCAGGAAACACACCAUGGAGUGAAACCUUAUACAUGUGGGGCAUGUGGAAGACAGUUGUGGUUCAGUGCAAACUUUGACCAGCACCAGAAACAGUACAAUGUAGAGAAACCCUUAAGAGACAAAGGCAAGACUUCAUUUGUGAAAAACUGUAGAGUUUGUGAAGAACCUCACUUGUCAGAGAAGCCGUUUACAUGUGAGGAGGAACAGAAGAAGUUCCAGGCCACCUUGGGCAGUCACCAGCAAAAGGCUACCCACAGCAAGAGGAAGAAAAGGAGCACUGAGAGUGGAGAGGCCUUUCACAUUGGACAGAUGCAUUACAAAUGCAGUGAAUGUGGGAAGGCCUUCAACCGCAAAGACACACUUGUCCAGCAUCAGCGAAUCCAUACUGGAGAAAAGCCUUACGAGUGCAGUGAAUGUAGGAAAGCUUUUAGUCGAAAAGCCACACUUGUCCAGCACCAGAGAAUCCAUACUGGAGAAAGGCCUUAUGAGUGCAGUGAGUGUGGGAAAGCCUUUAGUCGCAAAGACAACCUCACUCAGCAUAAAAGAAUUCACACUGGAGAAAUGCCUUAUAAGUGUGGUGAAUGUGGAAAAUACUUCAGCCAUCACUCCAACCUAAUUGUACACCAGAGAGUUCACAAUGGAGCAAGGCCUUAUAAGUGCAACGAUUGUGGGAAAGUCUUCAGACACAAAUCCACACUUGUUCAGCAUGAGAGUAUCCAUACUGGAGAAAAUCCUUAUGUUUGUAGUGAUUGUGGGAAAUCCUUUGGCCACAAAUACACUCUCAUUAAACACCAGAGAAUUCACACUGAGGCAAGGCCUUUUGAGUGCAUUGAAUGUGGGAAAUUCUUUAGUCGAAGCUCUGACUUUAUUGCACACCAGAGAGUUCACACGGGGGAAAGGCCUUUUGUGUGCAGCAAAUGUGGGAAAGAUUUCAUCAGGACCUCCCACCUUGUUCGGCACCAAAAAGUUCACACUGGAGAAAGGCCUUAUGAGUGCAACGAAUGUGGGAAAGCCUAUAGCCUAAGCUCCCACCUCAUUCGGCACCAGAAAGUUCACACUGCAGGAAGGCUUUAGGAGUGCUUUCAACACAACAGGACUCAUAGGUAGAGGAGUUCUGUGAUUAACCUUUGAGAGAGAGACAUCGAUCAGAUGUUGAACAUCAUAUAUCUGAACAUUAACACUAGGGACAUGCCUUAUGAAUGCCAGGUACAAGGGAAGCUUUCAGGGCCUGUGUUGCACUUUCAGACCGGCUCGAGUUCCUUGCCAGAUUCGUCAGUGUCAGUGCCUGUGGCUGAAACCAUCUCAACUCUACCAGCUUAAGUUACCUUAAUAUCCUCAGGAAAGCCAGAACUUUGUACUCUCUGUCCAAUCCCUGGAGGGAAUUAUAAGGAACGUGAGUUAAAUGGGGAUCCUCAUUCCCUCCUCACUGACUGGUAAAGGUGUUGACGUGAUGCUUUUUUAGCCAAGAGGGCCUGAGCUGUGUUUUGGUAGCAGAAAAAGUUUACUUUUUUCAUGGACAUUUUUGGUCUCGUGAUACUUGUGACAGAUUUUUCUAGCCUCCAAGUCACCCAACCUGGAGAACUGCUUGUCUCAUGUCGCUUUAAUUUGUGUGAUAAUAAAGACAUUAUUUAAGCCGCCUUUAAUCUUGGAGGGUUUUUUUACUAUUUGGGGUGGUUUGAAAACAACUAGGUACCUGCCAGACUGAUGAGGUAAACAGUGUUUGUGGGGGCUUCCAACUUUGUGUCCCUCAAAUGGAACAGCAGGUUGACAGAACAGUUCUCAGUCCAGUUUUGAUAUUAAUUUCCAUUGCUGACAAAAGCUUGAGUGAAAAUUCAGGGCUUUGUGAGCCUAAUUUUGUCUAGAUUUCAGUUAUGUAAGGGCCCAGAUAUCACCUUGAGGAGGGUGCUGUUGUAACAACUUGCAGUGUGUUUGAGAGCAGCAGGGAUUGAGUGUCUUGUUUCCAGCAUAUGUUGCAUAUUCCCCAGCACUGUUGAGGGGAAGCUGUUCCUCAGGACCUGCCAAGUGCCAUAUAUCCUGAAGGCCAGAAUCUGGUACACAAAUCACUGGCUCUAAGACCUGCCAUGUUCAGGAAGGAAACAAAAUUGAUACAGAAACACUGGGUGUGAAUAAUUGGGACUGGAGACAGCGCAGCAAACAAGAGUGGAUGUGCCCAUUGUAGAAACACAUCCAUCAACAUUCUAGUCACUAUGGCUGUAUGAGAUCAGGAUGUAUGGAAAUUCGCAGGAUCUCCAGGGCUGUGUCACUCUUAGGACUAAGGUCAGUGACAGAGCAAAGAAUGUAAAAUUUUCCUCGAUUCCUUCUCUCUGGGCUGUUUACUGGAUGUCUUUGCUGCAUGGACAAGAACCCUGGCACUGAGAGUAGAGAGACUCUGGUCCAAGAAUAUAGAUUUUGUGACCAGCCGGAGUUCCUGGUGACUGACUUGGAAACAGCCUUCAUUGCUUACCAGUUUUUCUUGCUACUGAGGAAGAGGUUCUCUUCAAAGGCGUUUGGAAUGAGAUGGUAGUCACUAUAGUCAUGCAUUGCUUAACAACAAGGAAACUUGCUGAGAAAUGUGUUAGGCAGUUUUGUCAUUGUGCACACGCCAUUGAGUGUACUUAAACCUAGAUGGCAUGCUACACACCUAGGCCAUAUGGCACUCAUCUUACGGGACCACUGUUGUAUAUGGGGUCUGUUGUUGAUGGAAACAUUGUUACGUCGUGCAUGACUAUAUUGAUGCUCAAUCUUCUGGUUUUCCAAUGGAAGUGGGAAACCCAGACUUUUAGAGGAAUCAUUUCUUAUAGUUUCUUUCAAUGUAGUCAACAUGCAGUAGACAGCACAUUCUUAAAGUGUACGAUUUGGUAAGCCUUAAUAUAUGUAUAUACAUAUGAAAUCAUCAACCUAGCCAUGAUAUUGGACAUAUCCAUCACCCCCAAAGUUACCUCAUGCUCUUUCAUAAUCCCUCUCGCAACGUCCUUCCUAAUAGUUGCCCACCUAUCCCUAGGCAACCGCUGAUUUACUUUCAAUAUAAAUAAAUUUGCCUUUUCUAGAAUUUGAUUUAAGCGGAACCUUAAAAGUUUUUGUUUCCUGUCUUUUAUGUAGCAUAAUUACUUGAAAAUCAUCCGUGUUGUGUGUAUGAAUAGCUCAUUCUCUUUAUUGCAGAGUAAUCUGUAUGGAUAUACCACAAUUUAAUCUAUCUUAAUUGACAUUUGGGUUUUUUCCAGAUUCUAAAUAUUAAAAAUAAAGCUGCUGCAAAUAUU